GUUAUGACAAACAGGACAGUUGGGUUGUGUGCUGUUUCUCUUGCUACACGAAAUUCAUUUUGAAAGAAACGAGUAGGUGACUAGUCUACCUCUACCAUCUUUAUAAGUUGUGUCACCUUAACGCAACCAUUGGUCACCACCAUUGUUACCACCACACCACCUUAUAUGACAUAUGCUUAUGACCAUAUUAAAAUUGAGAGGAGACUGGAUCUAGUAAAAUGGUGGAAAUCAACUGAAUUCAUAAAGCAACAAAUUUUAUCAUGAAAAUCAUUCAUCAUAUUCUUCAAAAAUGACGAGAGAAUAUUCCAAACAAAUAAUUCAACUACCUUAGACACUUUUUUGAAACGAAGAUAAAUCAUCAUGAUAUCUGCAUUAAAAAAGUUCUCUCGCAAAAAUGAUGGCCCCAAGUCUCGACCUUCAAUGCCAAGUGGAAUCUCAUCUAUGGGACAGUCAUUACAACGAAAGUUUGGACGUGGUAUCCAUUAUAAUAUGAAAAUAGUUGUUAAAGGAGAUCGAAACACAGGAAAAAGUACUUUAUUGGCAAGAUUUCAAGGAAAACCAUUCAGAGAAGAAUAUUUACCCACUAAUCAAAUACAGGUUUGCAGCAUUAACUGGAGUUAUAAAGUUGCAGAUGAUGUUGUGAAGGUUGAAGUAUGGGAUGUAGUUGAUAAAGGAAAAAGGAAGAAAUCAACUGGUGAUGGAUUGAAAUUUCAUAAUGAUGCUUCAAAUGAAAGUGAAAUUUCAGAUGUUCUAGAUGCUCAGUUUCUUGAUGUUUACAAAGGAGCUCAUGGCUGCAUAAUUUUAUUGGACAUAACCAAACAAUGGACAUUUCAAUAUGUUGAGAGAGAGUUACCUAAAGUUCCUGGUAAUAUUCCUGUCUUAAUCUUAGCCAAUUUUUUGGACAUGCAAGAGCACAGAGUUGUGCAACGUGAAGUUAUUGAAUCAUAUGCGAAAUAUUUUGAUCGAGGAAAAGAUUCAGCCAUGAUACAUUGUGGAGAGUGUUCAAUGAAAAAUGGUUUUGGUCUCAAGUAUAUUCAUAAAUUCUUCAACAUUCCAUUUCUAAAUCUUCAGCGAGAAACAUUGACCCAACAAUUGGAAACUAAUAAAGAAGAUAUGGAGGCAACUCUUGAAGAAUUAUCAUUUCAACGUGAAAGCGAAGAACAAAAUUAUGACAAAUUUUUGAAUUACAUGGCCAACAAAAGUGCAGAGAAGCAGCAGCCAACAUCAAAUAGUUUAGAAAAUAACGUGAGCUCACGACGAACAACGACAUCAGUCACCACCAAGAAUACAGAUAGCAACAAGAUAACUGUUAGUAAUACAAAAGGAAAGACUAAUAGCCAGACUUUAGAUGAUUUUAUACCUGAAGACACGAUAGAAUCUGGCUUUCUAGACGAAAAAGGACAAUCUGUGAAAACUGACAAUAUGAGCGCGGACAGUUCAAGUGAAGACAACGAUAGCGAAGAUGGUGUUAAUCCCAUGGUCUCAGGCUUUAAAGAUUUUAGUUCUGAUGAAAAUGAUAUUGACCAAGAUCAUAAAACACAGCAACCAACCCAGAUACCAUUGACCUCUAGUCUAAAUGCUGACGUUCAAUUAACUUCUGAAGAGUCAGACAACAGUGAUGAUAAAACUGUCCAAGUCAGCAAAAUCAACGAUAAUGACAUCUUCUCUCCUGAGAUUGAAUCUGACAAAGAUGAGCCUGAGUCGAAAAUUGAGCCCGCAGUAGAAUCGUCAAAGAUAAAGAGUGAUGUAGUAUUGAAUGAUGACGAUGUAAACUUUAUGGAUGCUUGGCUUGAUUCUCCAAGUACAGACCCCAGGGAAAUAAGUGUCAAGCCAAGAAAAACUGUAAGAAGCAAUGAAAAUGCAAUUGGUGUAAAUGAGCUUGACAUGUUUGAAGCCAGUCAGUUGUCGUCAAAAACUUCUCGUUCCACACAAGACGUCGUUAAAGAUGACAAGCUAAAUAGUCAUUCUGAUGAUAAUAGCGAAGAAAUAAAAAAGAAACGUUCAGAAACGCUUUCAAAAGACGUCGAAGAGAGUAAACACAAGCAUCGUUCGAAACAUAAACACAAGAAAAAGUCAAGAACGAAAGACACACAAGAAGAUGAUAAAAAACAUAAAUCAAAGAAAAAAGGACGGCACAAGGAAAAUAAAGAUCGCCAAGAUAAUGGGGCUGAUUAUGAAUUAUUUUAAUUUUUGUACUUGAAACGGCUAUGACUAAUUGACAACCAUGACUUAUUAAGCUGUAUUAGCUUUCAACUCCUAGAAAUAUGAAUUUUUACGACGAGAUCCUUGUCCGACAUCAUUAUUUCUUAACACUCUUUCAUUUCUCAUUAGACGAAAUAUUUACUGUAAUAUUUCGUUAUAAAAACCCUCCUUGGUAGAUAGAUAAUUGUAAAAGUUUGUAAUUAUAAAAGAAUGAUAAUUUAUCAUAGGUACAUUGCAAAGAAUUUCUAAAGUAA